AUGUCAGGAAACCUGGAAUCAGAACGAUCAAUGCUCCGCUUGGGUGAACGCAUUGGUUUUGGCUCAAUCGAGAAGGACCAGUUCAUUUGGUGUGGCGAGCAGUUCACCAAGAGCAAGGAGACUGGAGAGGUGACCAUGGACAUGAUCACCUACCACAAGAACUUGAAACAGGUUGCUGUGAGCAGAGAUCACCGACAAAAUCCCUCAAGCCCAUUGAAUGCGCAGGAGCAGAGACAGCUUCGCGGCGCAUUGGGAUCACUGCAGUGGUUGGCAGGCCAAUGCUGCUUCGACUUGGCAUUUGAUGUGUCUGCACUUCAACGAGAAGUACCAGCUACGAUAGGCACAUUGCUCCGUGCCAACAAGGUGAUCAAAGAGGCUCAGGCGACACAGGAGUUCAAGCUCCGCUUUCAUCCAAUCGACUUCGUGAAAGGUGGUGUGAUGUCCAUCACGGACGCAGCUUUGGGGAAUGUGGAUUCCAGAGGAUCUACUGAGGUGGACAAGUUGGAGAAGGUUCACAAUCAGAGCUGCUACGCCAUUGUCCUUGCGGAUGAGGCGAUGAUGAGCGGUGGAACCGGCUUCUUCAAUCUUUUGAACUUCAGAAGCCACAGAUUGCAAAGGGUAUGCAGAUCCUCCUACGCAGCUGAAACCUUGGGAGCCGAGGAAGGCUUAGACGCUGGUGAGCUUUGCAUUGCCGAGCUGAGAGGCCAGGUGAUGACCGACAAGCAGGCGUUUUUCAAGGUUUGCUUGGUGCCUUUGAUGGGAGUCACCGAUGCCAAGGACUGCUAUGAUCGAGUCAGUCAAGACGUGGGCUUCGGAAUGCAAAAAAUAUCUGGGACCAAGCACAUAGACAAGACCAACCUUCGAAAGACGUUGGAGUGUGGCACAUGGUCCGUGACCUGCAACGAGGAGUUCACGAAGCAGACCAGCCGGAAAGCAAAGAAAGCUGACACAACUGCUGCUGAUCUACCUGGACGAGAUCCCGAGGUGAAGGAUGAGAAGCUGAUGCAGUAUGUGUACCAGCUGGCCGAGAUGGUUGGAUGGCACUACAUCGAUGGGACUGGGAUUCAUGUGGCUCAUGGAGCGAAAUCGCUUCGAAGCCCGCAGCCCCGGUUUGCAGUGCGAGAGUACCCAUGGAAGACACCAAAUGGGCCUACCUGGUAUGUGGUGGAGGAACGCCUUGAGCAUUUGGCUCUACGCCCACCGAAAAGGUGUACGCUAGCCUUGCCCCUGUUGCGCUUGGUGGAAACUGUGCGCAAUUACCUCAAGAAGCGCUAUGCUCGGAAAGCCAACGGGUCAACCUUACCAAUGCUGACGGAGAGCGCUAUCCUGUUGGCAUCUGGAAGCCCACGUGGGCAGCUGGUGUCGCCACUUCUGCUGCAACUUGGCAAGUCGGUGAGCAUCCAGGACCACCGAAACGAGAUGACGUCGCAGAUCCCCGCUGCGGACGCAAAAGGACCUACUACCACCUCCAUUUGGAAGGCUGGACUGCAGCUUGGCACGAACUUGGAACUUGGCACCAAGGUAGCGCAUCGAGAUUGGCAGUCAGUUGUGUAUGGGCACAAGGAGGUGGAGGCCAAGAGGUGGAUCGUCGGUGCGUCGGAAAAGAAAAAGGAAAUUCUGCUGGAAUCUGCGAAAUUAGACCGAAACUAUCCGGCGGUUGUCGACGAGUCUUUGCAAACAAGGCGAAACCACGCUUCGCACCAAUUGAAGAGUCAGCGCUUGCAACGUUUUUGGACAUCUGGCGAUAUUGACGUUCGAUCGCUACCGGAGUUUGACGGUGACGGGAGGGUCUUCAGCACAGGCAGCGUCCAGACCCACGAGGGUCAGCUUUUCAUCACAGAGGUUGCGAAGGGAUUUGACCCGGUGGCUGCCACCGACGACAGUUGGGACGUGAUUCAGUCAUAUCACCAAGUCGAAAUUCCAGUUAUCCAAGACUUGUCCAGGCCAUCACUAGAACAAGCUCAUAGCAUGAGUACCCAAGUUGCUGACCAAGUCAGACGGGAGACCGGUGUUGAAAUCAAGGAUUUGGAAGUGUUUCGGGAUCGGGUGGAGUUCGUGCUUUCGAGCCUUGUUGAUGCCGCAUCCGCACCUAUUGAAAAGAAAGACAAAAAGACAGACAAGAAGAAAGAGAAAGCAGAAACCACCAAAGAUCAGAGAGACAAAGUUGAUGUUGCUGUGGCAUCCUCUUCAAAGACGCAGCCCAAGGCGAAGUCGAAUCCCAACGCCAAAUCUUCUCAAAGCAAAGCUGAUGGGAAGGGAGGUGUUCAGGAUAAGAAAGAGGUUGUAGCAGGUGAAGUGACUUGGCUGGGAGACACCGGAGCAGGUGAAUGCGUGAAAGCGUUCAGGCACUUUCUUGGAAAGCGUCCCGCUGUGGAAUUGCAUGCUGAUAACACUCCUGAGUUUGAAGGGAAGUCUACUUUCCAAGUGUUGGCAUCAAUGACGGUAGUGCAGACUGGUGAUGACAAAUUUCCUUUGAGAGAGGCUGUAAGAACUCAACUCGAGAAAUUGGAAAGUUUGCCUGUGCUUCGCUUAGAAGAUGAUGUCCCUGGUGGAGCCAUUGAUGCCCUGAGUGGAGAGCAGCAGGCCAAGCCGAAGCCGUUUGAUGUGCAAGAACAGCUUCUUGAAGUGCUUGACUCGGAUGACUUGAACGGCGUUGAUUUGUGGGGCUCUUUGCCUUGCAAUCCUUGGUCCGGAUGGCAGAGGUUGAAUCUCCGCAGAUUAGGUCCUGAGAUCAGGCGGAAACUGAUGGCACAGAGGCUUGAAAGCCGCAAGCUCCUGAAUUUCUUCUUCGAGUUGUCGGAGAUUGUCCUUGCUCGAGGAGGCGGUUCACUUUGA